CAACACGACAUCAGGUGAAGGAAAUAUUUGCGAGUUGAAACUGGUACUUUUUAAGACACAUAUUGUCACACCUUCCUGUGUUUUGUAGCCUUAAAAGCAAAAUACAUCGGUAUUUGGUGUUUAUUUUACGGUGAAGUAAAACAUGUCUCAAUUCGUCGGUAGAUGGAGAGCGGAAGAAGUGUCUGGUCAGGUCCGAGGUUACGCUGAAUUUAUUGCUGUUUCGGAUGUACCGGUCAACGUUCAAGAGAUGGUAAAGGGUAAAUUCGCCAUACUAGAACUAUCUCGACAAGGGAAUACGUGGAUGUCGAAGUCCAGUCUAGAGGGAAUGCCUGUGAGGAUCCAUGAAUUCCAACUAGGGCAAGAAGUUGAAUCGGAAAGAAUUGACGGCACAAUUCAGAAUUUCACGAAUACCAUUGAAGGAGAUACGUGGAUAGAGGAAAUCAAGCCAGUAUCCGACCCGAGUGGAAAUUCGACUCUGACCAAGCGGACAGUCAGUGGGGAUGUGAUGGACGUAAACGUGACCAUCCUUGGACAAGGAGCCUCGAUGUCAUUUAGGAUGCUAAGACUGUAAAUAACCAAUUAUGGUGAAACAAAUUAUCGCUCUGAAGUUUUAAGUUUUACGUUUCGUACAUUUACUCUGUUAUCCGACCUGUCCGAACCCGUUGUCAAAUGUGUGUAAGGAUAUUUGAGUGUGAACAUGAAUAUACGUUAUUUAUUUGCAAUAUGUAUAUUUCCGUUCGAUUGUUACGCAUUACAUUCAAUGAACUGUAAUGUAUUGUAUCGCUUUCUAUUGUAUUGUAUUACGUUGUAUAUAGUGUUUACUUGUAAACUGUUACAUGUAUAUGUGAGGAAAAGAACGACAGUAGUCAUUAUAUUGUUUAAAAUUCUCAAAACAGAGUUAAAUCAAACGAAAGUACCGCACAGUAAGACAUCAUUAAUGUACAAUGUUAGGUUGUGCAUGUAGAAUAUCAUUAACGUAAACAUAAAUAGAAACCAAAUUAUAUAAAACCACUCAAACGUUCCACCCGAAACAAUGUCGGAACUAAGAGAGGAACCUUAUUAAUCCGGACUAGUAAGUCCGAUAAAAAGUACGGAUAACGAAGGUUUCGUAAAAUGAAGUAUUUGUUGAUUCAAUUCCGGAUUAAAGAGUCAGUUAAAAAACUUUUGCUGGUUAAAAAUAUUCUUUCAUCCCGUUGUACGUGGAUAUGAGGAUCUUUACCCGAGAGGGAGAUUCUUAAUUGGCCAAUCACAAGGCCUAAAGUUCAAACAUGGUACAAUGUAAUACAGUACCUAACAUACAUUGACGUGGUGACAUUAAAUGUUCAAUAUGUAUGUAGCAUUGUAAGACCUGCUAUCGGGUAUCAAGUAUUACGUACAUACACGAAUAUUACAAGGCAUGGUGAUGUAGUUUUAUCACUAAUCAUUUUGCAGCAUAUGUUCCUGUAAAAUGUAAUAUAUUAAGUUCACGUUAGAAUUAUAUAGGAAUUAAUAGAUGUAACCGAUUUCUGUUCAUAUCGUCAUGAUGAUAUACCAAAUAAUAAAAAAAAAUGUUGCUGUUUGAAGUAUUAAAUUGUAUGCAUCGUAAUUCAGACUAUAUGAUUGGAGCAGCCUUACGUCACCGGCAGACUAUAUGAUUGGAGCAGCCUUACGUCACCGGAUGUCUGAUUCUUACGAUGAUUUAACGUUAUUCGAGAAAAAUGAAAAUGAGCCAAAUGCAGUCAUAGAAAGUGACUCGGAUCAAUUUGUGUUAUAACAUACAUAUAAUGAACUCAAUUUGUUUAAAUAGUGUUUGCGAAAGGACUUGCAGAGGGAAUGUAAAUAUAUGUUAUUAGACGACGAUGUAGAUGUGUUAUGUAUUCCCUUCGCUGUUUUGGUUGUUCCUGUUCAUUGUGUUGAAAUACAUUUGAUUUUGUUGAAAUAAAAACCAUAUUUAUGAGACA